AUGUCUUUUCUUUUAAUAUUGCAUUUUCAACCAAAUGAUCCAAAGCCUUACCUCAAAAUAAACCCAAAAUCUCUUCCUAAGUUAGAGCGAGAAAGAGUGAUGGAUGCGACGAACCACGAUGGCGUUAUCAAUUCUACUACGAACUGGAGACUCGCCGGCGGUGCCCUCACAGACUCCAUCUCCUUUGAGUCCUCCCUCUCUACUACCACCGCAACCCACGAAUCUGACGACGGGAUCAUCCCCGCCGCCGUCGAUCACGCGGCCAAGUCACCGCUGCUUCUGCUCCCUCCGAUUCCUAAUGGCGAGCCUUGUGAAAUUACCAUUACGUUUGCACACGAACAUGAAUUAAGGCAAGUCUAUAUCCGAAGUACUGCACGGGUAUACGAAGUAUAUUACACCAAGAAGCUGGGACGUGACAGAGAAUACCUUUGUACAGUUCGAUGUGGCAUUGCGAUGAGAGCAGAAGAAGUGCUUCAGAUCAUCCCUCACACUGAGCCAGCUGCUUCUAAGAGUCAAAUGGAACCGAUUAAGGAUGAUCAUAUGGAGACGAAGGUAAAAGAUAAUGGCAAUGGACGCACGAACGAAGAUGAUUGGGUUGAAGUGAAAGCUGGCGAUGCUUCUCUGCUCAAUAAUGAAAAAGAUCUGCUUUCACUGCCACAAUUAGGAUUACAGGAUUUUUAUGAAGCUACUGCAGAGAUCAAUGAUGCAGAACCUUGCAUUUCAAUUACGCUCCGUCUUCUCUCCCUUCAGGAUAAAAGAUGUGCACUUGUUGAUGAAGUUUAUGUAUUUGCUGAUCCUGCUGAUCCAAGUGAGUCAGAGCAUGAAGAAACAAGUGGAAAAGGAAAUUCCUCCACUAGUGCGCUGAUGGCUAUGUUUAUGCCAACUCUUUUACAGCUAUCUCGAGGAAAAGAUGUCAGAAAAGAAGAGGGCAGACAAGUUUCCGACAAGUCCAACAGCACGAAUCCAGGAACUUUGGGAAAUUCGAAUGAUUCAAGUAAGAUUGUGAACGAAAUUCAGCAGGAGGCAUGUUUCAGUAGACCUGAUCAGAUAGGAGUGAGCUCACCAGUUUUAGUCGAUACUCUUGCAAAGCGGGUUGAUGCAGCAACGGGAGUAUCUGGAGAAGAAACCAAGCCUGCUAUAUCUUGCAGUAAUGUGGAGACUAUCCUGCAUCAGCUUGUUAACAAGGUAAGCAGAAUAGAAACUAUCUUGACAAGAUUUGAAGAUCAGAUGUUGAAACCUAUCAACAGUAUUGAUGCGAGGCUCCAGCUAGUUGAGAAGAAACUCGAGCACCUAGGCAAGAAGUCAUCUGAAUCUGAAUUGCUUGUCGAAACAAAGUUACCCAAUCCAGGUUCUCUGGGUAGUGAUACAGAUAAACCUCCUGAAACCGAUGCGUUGGAUGAAUUGACCAGAAACAGAGACAAUGCACAAUUGUCCUCUUGUACCAGAGCAGUUGUCCCUGACUCCUGUAGUUUAGAGAACAGUGAAGAUGAUGCUGUUGUACUCAAGAACAGGCUGGAUAGUAGUUUUACAAAGUUGGUAGAACCAGGGAGUGAAAAUAACUCAAUCUCAGGAAAUGAGGUGAUUUCUGCGGAAUCUGCGAUCAGUGAUAAGGAGGUUAGUCAUUCUCUUGGGAGAGAAUCUUUUGAAGAGAAUCCAAAACGUUCGCUGUCUAUAAAUGAUGCUUUAGCAUCUGCACUUGCUGGACUACUGUCGUCAACUUCAACCACGGACGGAAAAUACAGCCAAGCCCUCAUAGUUACAGCCCCUGAAUUUUCAAAUGAAGAUGACAUGGAGAUGGAAGAGAAACCUCCCUCCGGUACCUUUACAGACAGAACCCAAGUUGCAGCAGAGGAGAUGGGAAACACAUACUCUGCUUCGGAGAGCCCAACUUCUUCAGAGAAAGACCCUGGAAUUACUCUAUGUACUGAAGACGAUUCUCAUGAAAUGAUUGAUGAACUUCCUGAGAAGUUGGGUGAUAGUGUAGGUAUAUAUGACUAUCCUGAGACAGUGGUUAGCGUUAGGGACGAUGAUUUAGAUGAAGAGACGGUGUCGUCAAGCACAAAACUUGAUUGUUACACAGAAAGGGAGAACCUCAGUUAUGAUCCCAGGAAUCCUGAUUCAUUGGUUCGCGAGCACGAGAAUCCAAAUGUAACUACUGAAUGCAAAGGAGAGCCAGUAAUGGAUGAUGUAUUGAAGAGCGUUCUCGGUUUCCAACCCACUACUUCUUCGGUCGAUUUCUUAAGUCCUGUCCUGGAUGUGAAAUUUAAUUCAGAGAAAAAAGUCUCAGACAGCAAGUGUUUCUUUGAGGCACUCUUCACAGAAGAAUCUAAGACUGUUGUAGAUUGUAGGAACGAAGCGUUUGAUGAUAACUUGGUCUCAGUGGAAGAUACAGAACUAAAAGGCCCACCAACAGAUACUCUUUCGUCCGUGGAGAUGGAUCACUAUGAGAUGGACAACGAGUUGCAUCUACAGUUGAAUGCUGAAAUAUCAACAGCGAGUCUGAUAUAAAAGGAAAAAUCAAAAUGCGGCGGCAUCAAAGUCCGCAUUCGAUUUUCGUCAAAUUUUUUGCUCCUAAGUUCUUCAUGCCAUGUCUAUUACUCUUAUGGAGUCUACAACUUGUAAGCUUUAAUGAUAUAUAUAUUAUACAAACUUGACCAAUUCUCCGAGCCUCCAAAAUAUAAUUUGGUCAUUCAACUAUCUUUUGCGAUUGGUUUCA